UAGAGGAGCGCCUGCAUGUGAUCAUGGAGGUCAGGAAGCUUGUGUUGGUCUUGGUUCUGGCGUGUUUCAGGCUGAGCGAGGCUCACUUCAGCAGCGUCAGAGUGCCGCCGCCUUACUGGGCAGCCAAGAUGCAGCUUCCUGCAGCAGUGGAGGCCAAGCCAGCGAUGCAACCUGAGAGAGAGCGCGCCAGCCGGGUCGCUCAGCAGACUGCCAGCUUCCGUUCAAAGUGGAUCCAGCCUGCAGGAGAACCGCUCACAUGGAAGUUUCCAGAAGAUCCAUUGGCGCCAGUGAAGGAGCUUCCUUUCCAUUUCCAAGUGCAGCAGCCGGUGGUGCCAAACCGGGUGGCCGUGAGGUGUGGGGAGAGUAGGGUGCAGGUGGAGGUGAGUCAGGACCUGCUGGGUCUCGGUACGCUGAUAAAUCCAGAUGAAAUCACACUCGGAGGCUGUCCAGCUAAAGAGGUGGACCCCUCGGCUCACGUGCUGAUCUUUGAAUCUGAGCUUCAUGACUGCGGCAGCACACUGGAGAUAAGGGAGAAGGGAUUUGUUUAUGCCUUCAAGCUGUUCUACAAACCCAAGAUGUUGGGCAAGGGUCCCAUCAUAAGGAGCCAGAGUGCAGACAUCAGAGUGGAGUGUCACUAUGCAAACUGAGCAGGAACCACAAGAAGCGGCACGACUCUGCUGUGGGACUCUGGAAACCAGAUCUAGGAUGGAAAAUAAAAUGCUUCAGACUGCU